AUCCCCGUGUGGCCGUGUGUGAUGUGUACCCCAGUGCCUACGUCGGCUUCCUGUGCAAAAGAAAAAGCGGAGGAAGAAGACGACACGAGAGACGGAGGUGUAAAGGGCGUGGCGAGUCAUCGCCAUACCGGGCGCCAAACCAAACGUGAGGAGCUGAUGAGUCCCGCCGCGCCCACCCCGCCGUUCCUCCUCCACCGUUGGCGAGCCCAUCCAGCAGUGUGAGCACGACGCGACGCCACACACGCACACGCCUGCCUGCUGCUCCCGUGUACUACGCAUGCAAUCAUGCAGAUCCCGCAGCUACCGCGCGGGGCGGGCCCUUAAAACCCCAAGCACAUGCUAUGCUAACUAGCAACGCUGCCCUGCAGCAUUUUGUCUGGAGUUCCAAGCAAAGCUCCGAUCUCCGGAUCACACUGAUCCCCGCCAGGCGUGCCGGCGUCCAGUGGUUGCGUCGAGGGAGCCUUGGCUAGCGACCAUGCUCGUGAGGAGCGCAUCCACGCCGGUCCUCGGCGCGCUGCUCCCCUCCGGCAGCCACUCGCCGGCGGUGUCCUCCCCGGCCGUCCACUUUCCCGAGUCGCCGGCGGCAGCCGCCUACCACCCGCCGCCCAUCUCCUGCCACCUGGCCGGGCCCGGGUCCGGGUCCGACCACGAGCGCACUCGCGGCCUCGGCACCGGCAUACGCCGCACGUGCUCCGAGGACAACCUCGCGUCUCUGGCCGGCGUCCGCGCGGACGACCACCACCACCACCACCUCCCGCCGUCCGGCAAGGGCGCGCCCCGGGCGCGCCCGGUGCCGCUCGAGACCAUCCAGUCGUUCAGGGGCCGGCAGGCGUCGUCCACCGACGACGAAGAGGAGGACGAGGAGGAGGACGCGUACGAGGUGGAGCGGGAGCUGCGCUUCGGCCAGUUCAGCUUUGCUGGCGGCGACGGCAACGGCAGCACCUACUCGCAGGAGCACCCGCUGUUCCUGGCCAGGGGCCUCGGCAUCGACCGCCUCGGCUCGGGCCUCCUCAGCGCCGACGGCGGCGGCGGGUUCGGUGGCAGCGAUGGCGGUGGUGGCGGGAACUUGGUGGCGUCGGGGAACGGAGGGGACCGCUCCGGCAUCGAGAUGCACUACAAGAAGAUGAUCGAGGAGGACCCCUGCAACGGCCUCUUCUUGAGGAACUAUGCACAGUUCCUGUACCAGGUGAAAGGGGACUACAGGAGGGCAGAGGAGUACUACUCCCGUGCGAUACUCGCCGACCCCGACGACGGCGAGCUCCUGUCGGAGUACGCCAAGCUGGUGUGGGACGUGCACCGCGACGAGGAGCGCGCCUCCAGCUACUUCGAGCGGGCGGCCAAGGCGUCCCCGCAGAACAGCCACGUCCUCGCCGCGCACGCCGCCUUCCUGUGGGACACGGACGACGACGAAGAGGGCGGCGGCGAUGUGCUCAGCUGCUACACGGGGUUCGCUCAGCCUGCGCACUCGUCGCCUCUGGCUUCGGCGACAACCUGAACAGAACAGCCUCUCCGAUCCGAUCGUCUCUGAACUAUGAAGUGAAUUGUUGGAGGUAGCUAGUAUGAUAGUGUGGCCUGUGCUCGUCUCUGUAGCUACCAAUAAUAUACGAGCGAACAUAGGCCUAGUCCAGCGUAUGUCUACUUGUGUUUGUUUCAGCAAUGAGAAAGCAGAUUGGUACUCUCUUUUCUUUGGGAGCUUAACCUUGAUCUGUUGUUAAUCUAUGUUGUAUAUGCUUAUCUGAAGAUGCGAUGCUAGUCUUCGGCUAUACAGUCCUAUUAUAAAUAGCGCGCUAUAGCACUAUUUAGCGUUUCUGGAAGAGAACUGCUAAGCUAGGAAGAUUUCAACGCUAAAUGAUGGUUUCCGCUAUUAGCAGCUAAUAGCACGCUAAUUUCGCUAAAUUGGGUUAGUUUAGCGCCCCUAUUUGGCCUUGGGCUUCAUUUCCAUCGGCCCAAAUAGCAGGGAUAUGUCCCUAUGUGAUGUAUGUUAUUAUUGAUGUAUCAUGUAUGAACUACGAAUUUUGAUGUAAUAUGUUAGUAAGACUU